GAUUAUAUUAUGAUAUAUUGACCACACGAUAUCCGUCAUCUAACGGCAUCCAAAAGAUCUACUAGAACGUUCUCUUCCUCUCCCCAUCGGAACAGCCCACCUAUAUAUAAUUCGACUUUCUCGACUUGACGCUCUCUCAUAAAGUACUCGUGUUCACCUCGUGCCAGCCACUCGCAUUUCUCAGAUUUUAUCCUUUCUCUGCAAAAAGAUUUUAGCGAAGAUGACGAAGAACUACCCAACUGUGAGCGAAGAUUACCUAAAGGCUAUUGAGAAGUGCAGGAGGAAGCUUAGAGGCAUGAUCGCUGAGAAGAACUGUGCACCCAUCAUGGUCCGCCUCGCAUGGCACUCUGCUGGAACAUUCGAUUGCGCCUCAAGGACUGGAGGUCCCUUCGGAACAAUGAGGUUUGAUGCUGAGCAAGCUCAUGGAGCCAACAGUGGUAUCCACGUUGCUCUCAGGUUUUUGGAGCCCAUACGGGAGCAAUUCCCUACCAUCUCUUUUGCUGAUUUCCAUCAGCUUGCUGGUGUUGUGGCCGUUGAAGUCACUGGUGGACCUGAAAUUCCUUUCCACCCAGGAAGAGAGGACAAGCCCGAGCCACCUCCAGAGGGUCGUCUUCCUGAUGCUACAAAGGGUUGUGACCACUUAAGAGACGUCUUUGCAAAGCAGAUGGGUUUAACUGACAAGGACAUUGUCGCUUUAUCUGGUGCCCACACUCUGGGGAGAUGCCACAAGGAUAGGUCUGGCUUCGAAGGUGCCUGGACUUCAAACCCUCUUAUUUUCGACAAUUCAUACUUCAAGGAACUCUUGACCGGAGAGAAGGAAGGCCUUAUUCAGCUUGUCUCUGACAAGGCGCUAUUGGACGAUCCUGUUUUCCGUCCUUUGGUUGAGAAAUACGCUGCUGACGAAGACGCCUUUUUUGCUGAUUACACUGAGGCUCACUUGAAGCUUUCAGAGCUCGGGUUUGCUGAUGCUUAAGCUGUCUCCAAGACUCUGCUUUUGGAUUGUGGGCCAUAGGGUUCGCAUUGCAUUUGAACUUUGUCAUUUGAUUUCUUAAUGUACUCUCUUGGAUUUGCGUAGCUUGUUUUUGUUUGUUGUUGCGGAAUGGGGAUCUUGUGAUAUUGACGCGGAUUCGUUGCGCUUUUGCUGGUUAGACAUUCUAAUAAAUCAACUUCUCUCACUAUCAAUCGCCUAUGGCUAAAUUCAAUUU